UUAACCUCUGUAUAAGUCACGUUUUUAGUACGUGUUACCCCUUUCCACUAUUUCUUGAAUCUCAUUCGCAAUUCAUAAGUAACCUAACUGAUUAGCUUUUCAUAACUUUUGUGAAACUACUUGGAUGACUCGAUAAUUUUGAAAACCUCGGUCAAGUUUAUAGGUUAGGUAGCCCUUGGAUUUUUUUGUAUCAGUCUUCUGCUAGACAAUCAGCGCCACAUAUUCAACAUUAAGAAGAGAAUUUUUCGGUGUUUCAUACAUGUAAAACGAUAUACGCUCUAUAUUCGGAAAUUCUAUUGACUUCGAAGUGACUGGCUGACUUCCGGCCAAGACAAGCCCAUGUGGACAGCAGCAGCGGUGCCUCAGAUCAUUCCGCGUUAAGGCUGUUCCUCGUGCUCUCGUGAAAAAAACUUGUUCGUCGAAUAAUCGCGCGUGCAUCGCGAAAGUCAUCGCAGCAUGGCCGAUUUGGACAAUUUCUUCGCAAAAAAAGAUCGCAAAAAAGCGAAGGGGAAGAAGUUCACGACCACGGAGGAGAUAGCGAAGAAAUUAGAGGAGACGGCUAAACGGUUGGGAAAGAAGUCAAAAGACAAAUCAACAAUUCAAGAGAUAGAGGAAAUUCAACAAAUCGAGGAUGAAGACGAGUGGAGAGAGUUCGAAGAAGAGAAGAAAGACUAUACCGGCUUAAAGAUUGGAAACUUAACACUUAAUGAAUCUUUAGAUGCAGAGUCCGAAGAAGAAAAGAUUACAAUCGACAAUAGCUGCUCGGAUGUAGAGUCAGGAGAGAGCAGCGGCAAGCAUUUGGGUCCUUGGAAAAAGCCUGAGCUUCCUCCGCAACCAGAAGUAGCAGAAAUAGCUCCACCACCACCACCUGUUACAUCGGGAAGUAAUUAUAAACCACCUCAUUUAAGAAAUAUCCAAGCAGUAGCUGCUAGUCCUAGACCACGAGCAAAAAAUAUCGCACCAGACAUACACAGCGAAGAAUAUUUCCCAACUUUGAACUCCAAGCAGCAACAGAGCAACGAACCCAGUGGACCAUGGGGCAGGCGGAAACGAGACGAAGGUACGUUUGAGGAAGUGCGUAACCGAGGAGGAAGUAGAUCGUAUAGUGUCCAGGAUGCGCAAGCUCAAGCGCCGAAGCUCUCUCUGGGUAACAAAUACGGUGCCCUAUCGCAAGAUCAAAGCUGAAAUCAUCCCUGAUUCGAUCAAACGACAAACACAAUCAUCAUUAUUACGUCAUCGCCUCUCUCCGUUUCGUGGCCCAGCUACGCUAUUACAUAUGUUUUCUAGGAUAUAGAACACUCGACGAAACGUGUACGAAUAGGAUGCAUCAUCGAUUCAUGUACCGUGCCCUAGCUUUCAAAUGGCCCGACGUUGGUUAAGAAAAAAAAAAAAAGUAAGAAAUCCUGUUUCGU